UUGCCCGCACGGCUUCCCUGCCCGCGCGCGCUCUUUUAUAAAUAGGGCUCGCGGGCGCCGAAUGCACCUGAACUUGGGAGCAUCAGCGCAUCUUCGCAUCUUUGCAUCUCCGCACGUGUCCAGCUCUCCGCACGGCGCCCGGACCCCGGCUAGUCCGCCCCGGUGCCGGAUACCGCGCGCACCGGACACUCCGCAGCGCCUCUCAGGGCGAGGCCGCGCUCGGAGGCACCGGGCACGCGGAGGCGCGCCAGUGCGGUGCGUUGCGGUGCGCUGCGGUGCGCCGCGCAGAGACGCUGGGGGCGCUGGAUGACCGUGCUCCGCACCCCCCGCCCCCCCUCAGCAGCAGAGCGCCUCGCACGGUCCGCGCGCCCCGCCACACGCCGCACAGCGCGCGAAAUGGACCUCGUGCGGGCCGCCGCUCCGCUCCUCUGGCUCUCGGUCCUGUGCUUCGGCAGCGUCGCGGAGGCGGCGGCGCUCGGCGCGGCGCGGCUGCGCUCGGGCGCGCGAGCGCGGGCGCGCGACGCCGCCGGGAACCGCACCGUGGUCCCGCACGAGUACAUGGUGGCGCUGUACCGGAGCCUGGCGGACGCGGAGAGCCGCGGCGCGAACGGGAGCCUCCCGCGAGCCAGGAGGCACGCGAACACGGUGACCAGCGCCGUGGACCACGGACAAGACGGCGCGUGGGAGGAACUGGGCCAGAGGUACCUGUUCGACCUCUCCAGCCUGUCCCGGGACGACGAGCUUCUGGGGGCGGAGCUUCGCAUCCUGCGGAAGCCGCCGCCUAACCUGCCGCUGGCACUGUCCCAGGGCGGGAACCUGUACCGCAUGCUGUUGUACUCGUGCGCCGAUGGGGGCUCUGCGAGGCGCCUCCUGGACUCCCGCACCGUGGAUCUGCUGGACGCCGCGUCAGCCGGCUGGGAUGUGUUCGACGUGUGGGCCGGCGUGGGAGUGCGGCGACGACCCGCCGCCGGCAACGGUCCGCUGUGCUUCCACCUGGUCGCGGUGUCCGAGGCGAGCGGGGAGGCGGCGGACCCCGCGGUGCUGGGCCUGUCCCGGCGCUCCCGGCAGCCGCAGGAGAAAGCCCUCCUCGUGGCGUUCUCUCGCACCCGCAGGAAGGAGAACCUCUUCCGGGAAAUCCGGGAAAAGGCGAAGGCCGCGGGAGGCCUCGGCUACCUGGACCUCACGGAGCACCGGCCCAGGCGGCGCCGUCGGAGGAGGACCACCCUCUCCGGCCGGGCCGGCACAGCGGGAGGGGGAGGGGCAGGGGGAGGGGGUGGCGGUGGCGGCCGGGGAGGCGGCAGGAAGAAAACGCGCUGCAGCCGCAAGCCGCUCCACGUCAACUUCAAGGAGCUCGGCUGGGACGACUGGAUUAUAGCGCCCCUGGACUAUGAGGCGUACCACUGCGAGGGCGUGUGCGACUUCCCGCUGCGCUCACACCUCGAGCCCACGAACCACGCCAUCAUCCAGACGCUCAUGAACUCGAUGGACCCCGAGUCGACGCCGCCCAGCUGCUGCGUGCCGUCCAAACUGAGCCCCAUCAGCAUCCUCUACAUCGACUCGGGCAACAAUGUCGUCUACAAGCAGUACGAGGACAUGGUGGUGGAGGGCUGUGGCUGCAGGUAGCGCCGCCCGACGCUCUCGCUGGGACUCGACCGUGCCGCGCCAAGCGUGGGUGUGUGCGCGUGCGCACCACGGCUCUGGCUUAAAGGUGACAGACGUACAGUGUUUUUACACUCCCGUCUGACCGCGCUUCUGACUGACUGACCCCAAUUCUCCCACGUUUCCCACCUUCCUGGUUAAGUGGUGGUGAGCUGGAGGAGAGAAACAAAAACCGUGAAUUGCCACAUCAAGAACUAUCUGGUCCGAACACGCGGUUCAGUUCGGCGCCACAUCUAUAAUUGUCCUUGUACCCAGCUGGGUGUUGGAUACGAUUUGCACAUGAGAUCGACUCCCACCGUCUUCUCUUCAAUCGUUCAUGCUACUGAGAUUCGCACCACAAAUACGGCUUCCGCCUGCGGGCGACCUGGUCCUUCGAUCUUUGAACAGACUAGUUAAAGACUGUCGGCACGGCCUUUGUCAGUCGCACAUGCCGGAACGCUCCAGAAGCGCAGUGUGUAAUAAUUAAAAGUGCUCACCCAAGUGCCGCAGAGCGCUGGGAUUCAGAGACCUUCCCUCUCCUCACGUGUUGCGUGUGAAAGAGGGUCAAAUACAGUCUCGCUGUGUGCUCUUGUCCACAUCCUUCACGUGUAACACGAGUCAGAUGUUUCCUGCCAAGCGGUCAGCGGAGAAAAGCGUGUAAACAGCCAUGGUAUUACCAGGGCGAGUGACGUUUAGAAGAGAAUAGAGCGCGGAGUACAAAUCUAUUUUUGUUCUAUUUAAAGCAUAAUGUUUCGACUGAAAUGUGUCUUCAUCUAUGUAGAGUGUGCGUGCGCGUUGUCUGAGCGGAACGCAAUCUCGUUUCCCGCUUACGUUAAUUUAUUGGAGUGUGUCGCUGUCGUCCGCGGUGGAACGUUUGUGGCGCAGCGGCGGUUUCCUGAACGUCCAUUAAGGACAGAUGGACGGACGGAGUCUUACUGCAGUGAGCAGAUGGCGACUUGGUGGCAUCAAACAUCACAGUUACUGUGUUGUCACGCAGACACCUGGUCAAACCUGGUCUUAGACUCUAGACAAAGACUAAGACUCUAAGACUAAAACAAAGUGCGACUUUUGACCUGCCAGCGAGAAUGGAGCGGGGAUGGAGUGAUGCAUGCCCAUUAUUUCAAUACGACAGCAGAUACAGCAGCAUAACCCUGAAAUUAAAUUAGGUGCAGCAUCAACAAGCCUGGUUUUUCGGACUUUUGCGCCACAUGUUCACGAUUAGCGCGAAAGGCGACGAGUCUUCGGGCAGCAUCCCUUCGCCCCGGGACCCUGUGAACUCGUCCCGUCUCGGCCCCUCGCCGGCGGGAGGCUCUCUGGGAGGGAAGCGUCCAAAGGACAGGGAGAAGAGGCUGGGGGCAGUGAGCUACUCGCCGCGCCACACCGUUACACCCCCCUCGCGGUUGGUCUGCUGUAGGUUGUGAAGUAGGUUGAGCUUGAGCUCUGAGAUUCGCCGAGUCCCUCCCGCGCAGCCUGUUAAGGCCCUGGCCGACGGGCCUCGAACCCAUGCUCUUCUUGGCCACAGCGCUGUUUGUGCGCUUUAGUGGACUCCAGAGCAGCUCUCCGCUUUUAUUGUUUCCCUUCACAUUUUAAUUCUUACCAGAGUUUGUUUUUUACGGUUUUCUUUUACGAUUACUUCCCACUGUUUGGUGAAUCAGGACGAAAUCCAGCAAACAACCUACCGCGGUCUUUUAAACGCACACUGCGUUCCAGAGCAGGCCGACCGCAGGGAAACGCGUCACUGCGCCGUCCCCAUCGCUGCAUGACAUCGAGCGACACGCGAUGCAGGCAUCAAGCGUUUGCGUGUGGACCGGGCGCGGUCGCCGUUGAGGACACUCGCAUGUAGCGUGUUGCUUGUAAAAGCAUGUGCUGGAAUUGCUAGAACUUUCCCCGACCGGUCAGCUGCAGCGGGCAGAACCGAUUCUCUUCCGUCGGGAAUUAAACACUCGGCACAGUUCACAGCGCCUCCAGGAUGGCGCUCGAGAUGCUGCGGUAACGCACGGCUCCUGAAGCCCUCGACGGCACGUUUCCGCCGCGCCCGGCUCUACAACGCGCGCACACGCUCCGUACGUGUUGCCGCGUGGGCUGACAGCUCCGCACGAAAGCACGGGCAGCUUGAAGCACUUUAGUGGAAGAUGAGCGAAAUGGUGUCGGUGCGCUGCUGCCCCCCCCCCCGAAGGUGUGUGUUGCUCUCCGCUGAGUCGUCUGCCUCCGGUUAUUUUCUCUUUGUUUGUUGCGCGCGUCCCGUAACCAGUUGGUUCUGUGUGCGCCGUAAUGGCAAACACAUUUGCGGGGGAAUGCUGGUGACGCAACGCGGCCCCCGCGGCGGGACGGGCGGGAAGCCACCCUGGACCCCCGGCUUGAGACUCCCUCCCCUGAGCUCCCCUGUCCCGCGCAGGCGCCGCGUGCGGUCUACUGGACGUGCGCUCCGCCGCUCGGUCCUGCAGGGGCACCGAAUCCCUCGCGGCCCACGUUUCCCUCCGCGAGCGAGACACCCGCCCAAAGCCACUCGAGGCAGCGCCCCGUUGCUCUCGCCAUCCACAGACGGUUCCACGCGGCUCUCUCUGGCAGCACAUCGCCAUCCUUUGCGUUGCCGUUUAUUUGUUUAGCUAAUGGUCCCGCGGAGCCGGCGGCAGUCAUAACAACCCGACAGAAAGAGACUUCCUCUGGAUGACGAAGCCCAGACAGAUGCCCUGGGGGUGCCGAGGCCUGACACCGGAGUUUCCCACAUGGCCGUCGAGUUCCGGUAGAUUCCGCAGACCGGCGGCGAUCGGGUCCAUUCUGCCUCGGUGCCGCUAAUGGGCCAAAAUUAAUCCACGUUAACAGGUCGGCAGCACGGCCGUUAGUGGUAACAUAUGUCUUCGUGAUAAAAACGUCACAUUUAAUUUAGCGGCGCUGCAGUGAAAUGAAGCUAAUUGGCUGGAAAAACAAUCAACAACAAAUUAACCCUGUUAAUUACCAUAAUGAGGUCAAAUUCAUACAUGCACGUUUUUCCAGCGAUAAUCCCAUUGCUGCUCCUGCUUUUGCAUUUGGCAACAAAAUCCUCCUGAGUUACUGAAAUGUCAGCAAACGCUGUUCAACAAAUUGGCUGAAACAACUUUUAAAUAGUUAAUUGUUUUGCAUGUUUUGUUUUCAGAGUGCGAGGAAUAUAAAUUCCGUUUCCAUAAAAUGCAAAAAUCUGCCAUUCGACGUGCUGCAGAAGGAUGGAAAAAAAGGCAAAAUGUAAGAAAAAAUGAGCUCUCGUGUCUGCCGGUGCUCUGGACGCCCAAAAAGUCCACUUUCAGCCAGAGUUCGGGGACUGAACAGGUUUAACCGAUGCGACCACUGGGUCAAACAGCCAGCAGUGUUCUCAACACAACGCACGCCAUUCGUCAAUGAUUACUGCCUCUCGAUGUGCGCGCGUGUUCGUGUAUUCGAGUACGCUCCACACGCUCGUCGGCUCUGCCGAGGAAAGGUCAUCCUCGGGGUCACGGAUCAAACGGCGCUCUUUGUUCGCUCUCUCAAUCUGCUCUUGUAUCACAUCUUCAUCUCAAGUGUCAAACGAAAGAGCGUGUGCGCGUGGGUGUGUUUUUACGGGGAAGCGACGUUGUGUUUUCGACAAGGGAAGUGUGAGACGGCCGCUCGCUCUACACGUGUGGUGUAUCAAUGCACUGUGUAUAUGUAAUAUGUAUAGCGUAUGGUUUAUAACAGACUGUACAUAAUUCAAUUGUAAAUGAGCUGUAAACAACAGUGUGUUUCCCUCUCUUUUCUGGAAAUAUUAUAUUAUACAGUAGUAUAUAUUUGAAAACAAACAGAUAGUAGGACACUUUGUAUCAUUCUAUAAUAUU